ACAAAACGUCGAUUGAAGAUGGUAGACAGCAAUGGAAAAGAGUCCACAUGCCAGCAAACAGUGAAAUUCUCGACAGACCCCCCUGAUGGAACAGAAUAUCGGAAGCUGGCAAAAUCCCCAUUUGGUCACUACGAGACCUGGAUCAAAGAAAGUGACUACAAAGGGUACAUGGCCAGAAAACCCACUCGUCCAUUCCCAGAUAAAGGUCAGAUCUCAAAGGCUCUAGAAGAACUUAAAUCGACAGGAGAUCCGAUUCCGCAAUCCGUCCAAAAGACAUUGAAAAGUCCAAGGAAGAGAUUCAAGCCGAGUCCAGACAGGAAACCACAGUCGAAUAUCAUUAUUAACCAUGUGACCAGAGAACGCAUAAAAGCAAUUGCUGGCACGCGAACUGGUCCAGGAGUUGAUGAUCAAAAGAAGGUGAUGGGGAAGAGUGCCAGUGAGAUUGCCAAACUGUUGAAAUGGGAGAACGCAGCCAAAAAAGGCAAAGAACAAGAGAGCGAGGAAAGAUGGGCAGACUCUCCCUAUGCCGAUGCUGAGUGGCUGCACCGCUCGGCGUACUCUUGGGGUAACAUCGUAGAUGGGAACAAUAUGAGCAGCCCCCAAGUGAUGAGGAACUUUAUAUUUGGAACAAGCGAGUGCAACUCAAUCAUGACUCGAUAUGAAACAUCAUGGCAAAAGUACAUUGUCCAGCUGGGUGAAGAUAAGAAUCACAAAGGAGGCAUUCUGGAAGCAGCCAUCAAAAGAGACGUUUACGAGACCGACUUUGCAGAUGGAAACAUCACCACGCCCCAGCCGGAGCUUUUCACAGACACAACAUGCCCGGGCUGGCUGUGCUGCGCUAUGGAUUACAGACUCUCCGUGCAAGGCAGCCCCGACAUUCGCAAUCAAAAUAAAGUCGACCCCUUCAAAGGACCCUUUGCAACGACCUUUUAUCCCUUCCAACGCGGAUUCUUCACCAAGUUCGAGUAUUUUCUGGAUGACGAAAUUCUCAGAUUAGAAUUUCCGCCUAGGGACAAUCCUACACCCGGCCCAUCUCGACCAGAUACUUCGCUUUCUCUACGACCAAAACCAAAAAACACUAGACCCCCCACGCGUUUGAGACCCCGGUGAGAAAUCCAAGAGAUGGAUGAGUUCCCUCGAUUCAAGAAUUGCUACACAGUUGCUUAGAAGCCGAGGUAUCGUCACUGGAACUAAACUAAAGCGUUUCACAAGAGAUACAGGAAGGAUAGUGC